AUGUCAGGUACAAGAAGGAAGAAAGAAAAUGAAAUCAUGAAUGACAUGCAGGGAAUAAAGUGUAGAUCGAAAGAAAAGUUGGGAGCCAUAAUCACAAGAGGUCGCACGCUUAGCGAAUUCCAUCUUGCAGCAUUUUGCCUCCAUUCAUCUUCUUUGACAUUUGCCAGGUCACCCUCGCUGAAGAGGAACUUCUCUAGCUUGACGUUGUCUUUCCCCUGCUUUUGCCGCACUACUGAAUUGCCACGCCUGUUCUUCAGGAUAUUCCAUCGUCGCCCCAAUUCGUAUAUGAAACGCCAGAUCCGCGAACAGGACUAUUCCGGCGUCAAUCUAAAUUCGAAAUAUAUGUCACAUUGCAUCAUUCUUAAAAAGCGGGAGCUCCAAACUAGAGACUCGAACGUUAGAGCGGACAGCCUUCUCGUGUCCAAUCCCCGACUUUCUAGUUUCCGGUCAAUAUCCAUUCUACGAAAGUGGAAAGGUCUCGUGGUCGAAUUCCAUAGGCAACAUGGUGGGACGUUCUCCAGAGCCAGAGGCCAGGCUGAAGCGCCAGCCUUGGACGCAAAGAAGGCCACUUGA